CACAUGACCUUGGGUGGACCUUGCCUCCAGUGGGGACAAAGGGCAGAGGCCUGUCCUUGCUCACCUCGCUGCCUGGGCGCGCGCUCCGCCCUCGCUCUGGGUUGUUUCCGGGCAGAGGACAGCUCUCUCCCGACUGGGACUCAGCCCUCGUCCACCGUGCCAGCUGGGACCAGCCUGGCCCUCGCCUGAGCAGGAACGGGCCUGGGAGCCACCUGCAGGCCCAGGGCGGCCUGCAGUGAUUGCUGGAGAGUGCUCAUGUUGGACCCGGACCCAGCCCACACCUUCAAGCUGGUUCUCCUGGGCAGCGAGUCUGUCGGCAAAUCCAGCCUGGCCCUCCGCUUCGUCAAGGAUGACUUCAGAAGCGGCCUGCCCACCGUGGGGUGUGCCUUCUUCACCAAGGUGGUGCAGGUGGGGGUCGCUCCGCUCAAGUUUGAGAUCUGGGACACGGCGGGCCAGGAGAAGUACCACAGCGUCUGCCGCCUCUACUUCCGGGGUGCCAACGCCGCACUGCUGGUGUACGACGUGGCCAGCAAGGAGUCCUUCCUCAGGGCCCAGCAGUGGCUUCGGGACCUGGAGGGCGAGCUCCUGCCCAGCGAGGUUGUAGUGAUGCUGGUGGGCAACAAGACGGACCUCACCGAGGAGCGGGAGGUGACCUCCGAGGAGGGGAAGGCGUUUGCUGAGAGCAAAGGGCUGCUGUUUGCAGAAACCUCGGCCAAGCAGAACCACCAGGUGACCGAGGCCUUCAGCACUGUGGCCCAAGAGCUACUGCGGAGAGAAGAGGAGCAGGCAGGCCAGAGGCACCAUGGGGACCCCGGAGUGGAUCUCAACCAAGGCGCUCCCAGGCAGGCCAAAUGCUGUGCCCCCUAGAAGCUGCUGUUCCCCUGGACCAUGGGGGGCUGCCCGGAAGAAAGGUCUCUGCUGGUCAGCAGAGGGAGUAUGCUGACCAUGGCCCUUGAUUCUGAGUCCCUGUGGGCGGUCACUGGGGGAGUCCUGAGCCUGGAGAUACUGAAAAACCACCUCCAGGGUGGCGCGGGCAUCAUGUCCAGCCCCUCUCCCAGGGCUGUCUGUAAGACUCCUGGACACUGGGAUACUGUCCUCCAGGCCUGAGAGGGCUCUGGAAGGACUCUGGUUGUUAAGGGGAGUGGACAGGUGCCUGACUCCUGUGCUGGGCAGGGCCGGGCCCCCCUGCUUCAGAGGUGGGG